UCUUGACGUGAUGAUGUUUGUUUAUUUUGACGUUCACUUUGUGUUUCAAACUUGUACGAACUUGUACCUUACAAAUACUAUGACUUCUGGAAAAAAUCGCUCAAUAUAUUUGAGUUUCUGCGUCUAGCAGCAUGAUUUCCACAUUUGUCACCCAACUUCUGAACUAGCAAUUGUGGAACAAUUAAUAAUCUCGUUUUCAUGUCUGGUUAAGUUGUCGUUGUCUUCAAGCCUUUGUUGACUGAGAAUACGCCCCCAACGAUGUGUUUCGGCGUGUUCAAAAGACUGUGCCAUUUGGGGCCCCUGACUGCCCUAGGCAUAAUAAAGUUCGUUACUGGAAUGACCAUGUAUUGCAGUGGAAUGUGGUGGCCCUCCAGCACAACAGGUGGUUUUGUCAACACCAUGUUUUUCAUGGCCUGGUCGGGGUUGACUUUUUAUAACUUAUUAAGUGCAAUGUUCCAUGGCCCAGGCUAUUUAUCGUUGAAUUGGACUCCGGAGAAUCCUGAUGAUUGCAAGUAUCUGCAGAAAUGUGCGAUUUGCCAUGGAUAUAAAGCCCCCCGCUCACACCACUGUAGGAAAUGUGGAAGAUGCGUCCAAAAGAAGGACCAUCAUUGUCCCUGGAUUAACAACUGUGUGGGGUGGGGUAAUCAUGCUCAUUUCACCUACUUCCUAUUUUAUGCCACUCUGGGCUGUAUGCAUGCUAGUAUUGUACUAGCAUGUGCCAUGUAUAGAGCAUUAUACAGAAAUUACUAUUUAGUAAACCAUAUUAGAAACGUGCCAAUUGUGAAUUUAGGACUGAUGGGAUUGGGAUUAACAGUUCUCGCGUUGGGUUUUGCCCUAGGAGUUGUUGUUGCUGUAGGAAUGCUGCUUGUAAUACAGGUACGUGUAAUACUGAGCAAUCAGACGGCAGUUGAAGACUGGAUAUUGGAAAAAGCGAAUUCACGUCGGAAAGCCAGGAAUCAAGAGCCUUUUGUUUAUCCGUAUGAUUUGGGCUGGCGAAAAAACGUUGCGCAGGUUGUGAGCUUAAAUGGGCAACCGAUUGGAGACGGAAUUCAUUGGCCAGUUAGAGAUGGUUGCACUCAAUAUUCUCUUACGAUUGAACAGUUGAAACAGAAGGAAGAAAAACAACUGAGGGCGUGCCAUUAUCAAAUCAUCAAACCGUUCUCAGGCUACUGGUUCCCAAUAGUUUUUGGACUUAAAGUUUGCUACGGUUUUCCUUGCACUGACGAACCAAGACUGAAAUUAGACAUCGGCGAUGUCAUACGCGUAACGAGAUGGAGAAAACAUUGGCUGUUUGGCGAAAAGCUCCAGCCUGAUCUAACAGAGGAGCAGCAAGUGGUCUUCAGACAAAGAGGGUGGUUUCCUAGACCUUGCGGCGUCUUAGUAGAUACUGAAGAUGAGUUUUCUAUGCCAGACAGGUCGCGAUCUACUAUGAAAAAGAAUAAAUGAUUUCUUAGGGAUGUUGGUGUGCAGUGCAAAGAAGGCCUUGAAUUGCUCCUCCAACUCAGAAUGGGUCCAAUUGCAAGAUGUAAUCAGAAAAUGGCCAUUUUCUUUUAAGGCGCUUUUCACGCUGGAGAUGUAUUUAUGGCAGGCGUCUUUAGAGUUCUCGCUCAAGCUGAUCGCAUCGUACGUUCCCUUAUCGUGCACCACGUCGUAGAUACUGCCCAGUCCUUCAACAGCAUUGUUCACUUGGUACUUUAUCUGCAAGCCUUGCUGACCGGCUAUGGCCUUAGCCAAUUGAAUGGCUUCGUCUGAGUAAUCGAGCCCCGUCAGACUUUCAUAGCCGAGUUGGGCCAGUUCCAUAAGAAUAUGCCCAUUUCCGCAACCCACAUCCACAAUACUCUGGCUUUGAGGGAUGUUUGAACGGAUCCAAUUGAUUAUUCUAUCGACAACAUCAUCUCCAAACCACACCUCUCCAGUGUCUCCAUGACUGGAAAAGUUCCUCAUUUCAGUUUUAUACCGGUCUUGCCAGUACUCCAAAGUUCCUAGUUCUGAACUUUCCAUUUCUUUAUCUAUCAUUUUCACUUGAUUUUUGCGAUUUUGCACUUUAAUGGAAUGUUAUGUUCGAUACGCUCCCUGUCGGGUUGAGUUAAUCGAGCCUAAGGCUUUCAAAUGGCUCGAAAAAAUCAGCAAAAACUAAACUUAGGCUAGCUAGUAGUAAACAUUGUGAAUUGGUUAGAUUGGACUAUAUUGAUCUCUAAACUGACAAGAAUAAAAAACCAUGGCUGCCAAA